AUGCAGCCAUUUCACAGCUUCAUUUCCUGUCAAGUGAAGUGACAGUUCCGUAUUCAUCUCUAUAUACUUCAGUCUUUAACAAAUGCUUCAGAGGAUGCCUGGGUUCUCUAAGGACACCAUGAGGACUACUCUUUGCACGCUUGUCUUGCUCUUCUCUCUACCAUGGAGUCUAAAUGGCCAUUUAACGACCAGCAAUAAGAAUACCGUGGUAACAAACACAGAAGAAAAUGCAUCACAACUGAGGGACUACACUACUGAUUCUGGAACAGAAAAUGUGGUUUCGCUUUCAAGAAGCAUUCAGACGCGACAACUUACGAGUCACUCGGAGCAGCAAGAGAUAAGGCUGAUGACAGCCAAAGGUGAAGAUGAGACAUCAAGGAGAAGGAGGAAUGUACAAUAUGACAAACUCAACUUAACUACAAUGUCGACACACCCUCAAACGCAAAUGCAGGACAAGGUAACUCAAAAGGAACAACAAAAACCAACAGAAAGCUCCCGGACACCACAUACUACAUCUGUUUUUCAAACAGAGAAUGCUACAGAAUUUACAAAAACACCAAAUGCCACAAGGGCAGACAUUUCACCUGAGGAAAAGACAAGCAGUGGAUUUUAUGAGACACAGAAAGCCACUCAAGAAACACCUUCUACUUCUGAUAUCACUGGGCUCCAUGAUGCGCAAGCAAAUAAAACAGUCAUGGAUAGCAGCGAUCUUCCAACAGCCCAGGCCACAAUGGAGACUUCAACCCAACCAAGCCCAAUGACUCAUGCCCACACUUCCGCAAUAGCAAAUGUGACAGAUUUCAAACCGAGCAAAGAUGCAAAAACCAAAGAGGGGAAAAAAGUCACAGACAAGUGGACAAGCACUCAAGCCUCUGAGCGUAAGACUUCAUCUUUGACCACGCCAAAAAAGAUGUUGACGACCACUAGAAAGACCACCAAAAAGCUAAGUCCACCUCCAUCAAAAGACAAGCAGCAAACAAACCCAGGUUCUGUUGUGGCGGGUGUGAUUGGCACCACGUUUGUCUUGAUGUUCAUAGCCAUUAUCUUUAUCUUGGUAAGGAAACGCAAAAUCCAAAGAAAGCAGCUAGAAAAUUCAGAGUGGGCCGGACCUUCACCGUUUUUGGAUGGCGACGUUCAACCGAACCUGCUUAAUACAGAGGAAUCCGAGGCCAUCAAUAGACAGGGCUUCAACCACAUGUCCAGAUACAUCUCCCAACGGCUCUCCAAACACCUGACAUUCGGGAGGAACUCAAGUGAGGAUGUUCUCAUGGGGGACAUCCUGCAAGGAAGCACGUUUGGCAGACAAAAUCCAGAUGAGGUCCAAGCCCCCAAUGGGGACCCGACAGCUGCUCGAGACUCAAUGGAGACAGAAGAAAACAAAAUCCAGGAAGGUCAAGAACCUGUGGACUCUUCUAAUACCAAAACAGCUGGAUCAGGAAGUGAACAAGAAACUGUGAUGGAAAGCAAAGAAUCUAAGCAGCCUGAUGACCUCACUGCAUCUAUGUCUUCUGACCCGGAUACUGUAAUUAAACCUCCUCCACCUUUAGUGUCCAUAGAUCUUGAUUCCCUUUCAGAAGAAGCAGCACCUUUGCAAACAUCAGAUGGUGGGAUUAUUCCACCUGCUCCACCACUGCCCUAAUGUCAUGUGACGAUCUACAAACCAACCAACACACUCAUAUUUUCUUUUUAAAAAUCAAACAAUUAUGUAAACACAACUGCUUGCAACCUUGAAACAUCACAACCAAAUGUCCAGGACAUAUCAAAGAGGAUGUGGUUUCUAUUAGCGACAACUGUCACAAUUGUUAAUCAUGAUAUCCAACUUGUCAAUCAAUGUCAGCUUUACAUAGAGAGAAUCUUAGUUAGGGCUGUGAAAAAAAUCUAAUGCGAUUUUCAUGCACAUCUAAUCAGUGAAGACGCUCCUGUAAUUAGAAGUAUAAUCUCCAGCACGUGUGUUCAGAUCAGGGUUGCCAGGUUUUCACAACAAAUCGCAAUUCCAGGAGGUUCCCAGAUAAAACAAAAAUUGCUUCCCGGGGUUAAAAUAUACGGGUUUUUUUUGGCAUGGUUGUCUUGUAAAUAAAAUUCGCAUUUUAGGGGCUAAAUAUCACGUUAUUGGUAUUGGGGUAGCUUCGAACCUCGGACACGAAAAACUUACUGCAGACUUGGCAACACUGGUUCAGGUGGAGCGGCAGUUACUACACAAGAGCCGUAGUCUAACGACAACUAACACAAAAUCGCUUUCAAAAUCGACAAAGAAUCGCCACCGAUUUUAAAAUCGAUUUUGUGUAGAUUUUCAGUGAAUUACGGCUCUGUGUAUCAAAUGCCAACCAAUGUUCCCAAGUCUGUGGUAGUUUUUCAUGUCCGCGGGUCGAAGCGACAAUACCAAUAACGUGAUAUUUAGACCCUAAAAUGCUAAUUUUAUCAAGGCAACCAUGCCAUAAAACGUACAUUUUAACCCCGGAAAGCAAUUUUUUAUCGGGGAACCUCCUGGAAACGCAAUUUUGGACUAGUUUUGAGAAGCAGCUGGGCAGGAUUUGUUGUGAAAACCUGGAAACCAUAAUCUGAGCACACGUGCUGGAGAUAUACUUCUAAUCACAGGAGCGUCUUUACUGAUGAGAUGUGCAUGAAAAUCACGUUCAAUUUUUUGCACAGCCCUAAUCUGAGUAGUCAAAAAGAUGUGUAGUCCACGUGAACUCAUCCAUAUUCUUGGUCAGGGGUGUCCAAUCCUGUUGAUGGAGGACCAAAGUCCAGCAGAAUUUAGCUCAAACCAGCUCUAACACUGAGCCUGAAGAUCUUGUUCAACUGCUUCAGGUGUGUUUAAAUAGGGUUGGAGCUAAAUUUUACAGGACAGUGGCCUUCCAACAGGUUUAGACACUGCAGUUCUUGGUCGAUUUUCCAAGGAGAGCGAGCUUGUACAUUUUAAAUCUGUAUAUCUGCUUAAGGUAAGUGUAAGUACACCAGCAUGUGUAGAACUAAAAGCUACCAAACUCCAAUUCUGAUUUCAUUAGGUCAUUAAAAUGUCAACGCUUUUGUCAUUUUAAUACUUUAACAGCUAAAAGCUUAUGUAUGGCUAGCUCGGGUAGUAUGUCCAGCAUGUCCAGUCUUUGUUCUUAUGCACUUAAGUGUUUGCAUGAGAAAGAGGGAAUGUAGCCAGUUUGUGAAUGAAUUACUGCAUUGCUAUAGCUACUGGGAGCAUGUCUGAGCUUCAAACUGGGAGGAACUCUCAGAUAACAGACCCAAUUGCAGCUCACUCUAAAAAUACAAAGUGUUGCAACAACA